GUCUAAGACGUUCUUGGGUUGCAACAAAACCCAUGAAAAGUCAGUUCUUGCGUAUUGAUACAAAUGAGUAGCAUUAGGGAUGGAAAUGUGAUAUAGAGGAGUGUAGUCCCUUAUUUUAUAUGUCCGUUUUAAGUAUUGUUCUUAUGAUCUUGUCAUACAUUCAAGGAGAACAGAGUUCCCAGAACUCGUCGUUGGGAGGAGUGUUAUCACUAUUACUAGUGUGCGCACGUUUACAUUUGUAUACCAUGACAACAUUGUUCGACUUAACGAAGCAUAUGUCAUCUACGCGCCAUGAAUGUCCAUGGACCCAAGUGUUCUUUGAUAUAAAAGACCCAUGAACAGGCAUAGUGAGUAGUUUUGCGAUAACACGGAAAUGAGGAAGGUGGCCACAGUAAAGUUUCAGUCGUCGAUUGACUUCUUAAAAGAACACCUACUGUGAACGAGACAGCGAGUCAUCCGGAGGCCGUAUUUCACAGCAGUUCUUCUGAAUCGCAGGAGUCAUCUGCUAUGAGUGCAGUUUCGUCCACCGCCUAACUGGACUUCUAUCAUCGGGAUGGGAGAUGGAGAUUGCCUGCACUUCUGAGUCACCGCACCUAAUUGAGCUGGAAAGAGAGCUGUUGAGAUUAUCGGCUUCACUUGACCGAGUUUUCAGCAGGCGAUAGGUGUGCUGAAGGAAUCAUAGCAGCCA